AUGCUAGAGCCAUUUUCGGAUGGAGUCAAUAACCACAGUACAACUGCUGUCAUCAGCACCGCUACGUAUACCUCUAUCAUGACAACCUAUCAAAGUGACAGCCUUAUGCUUGGUCCGACUCCGUUACUAGCAGCGAACAAGCUCUACAACAGUUAUCUGCUUAUUGUCACCGUUGGGCUUUCGGUUACCUAUGGACUCACUAUCUGUCUGCGACUUUUUAUUCAUUGCUGUCGACGAUAUCAUGACAGGCUACAGCAACAAGAAAAGCGAAGAUUACGGUCAGCCUGGGCUAGCAAAAUAAAGAGAAUGAAAGUACAGCAAAAGAUACAGAAACAACUGCCAUCCACAUUAUGUCGAUACCCUUCAAAAACGCUUCAACCUAUUCCCUUUUCUGGGCAACAGCAACGCAUUCAACUACCUCUGUCUCAUCAUUCGUCCAUAUCGUCCUUGACACUGAAAAACACAACCGCUUCGUCAUCAUCGUUCGACCAUGCCCAUAAACCCCUCCUUCGUAUCGAUUUUAUCAAGGAUCUUAUUCAUAUGAAUAGUCAUAGCAGCAGAUUAGAGAAACUGGAAGAAGGGGAAGACUGCGAAGAAGAAGAAGCAGAGGGUCAUAAAAGUUAUUGUUCGUUAAAGCUAGAGACCCUCAGACACACGAACAGCAGUAGCGGUAGUCAACAGCAAUACAAUGUGAUGAAAGUCCCGCUGGACUCGUUGGAAAUUGCAGAUUUUUCACAGCAGGACAACAGAUCUGCCAAAGCGGAUUUUACACGCAAAUUCAGUUUGAAGAAUAAGAUUCAUAGAAUUUCCAAGACGAAGAAGUUAGAUUUAUUAUGGCAGUGGAGUAUAUCCAUGGGCUACUGUGAAUAUACUCAUGCAGUGGCUAUGAAUGAAAUGGCUCAACAAUUGAUACAACACCAUCGAACAACAGCACACGAAUAA